AUGAGACUCUCGUUUUCCACUCUUUUGGCCUUUCAGGCACUGGUCGGCUCUAGCAUAGCCGCUGCUUUGCCGGAAAAGGCCAUUCUUCGACCAGUCCAGAAGCGACAGGCCUCCAUCCCAUCUACACCCCUUGGACCAGCCAAAUUCACCCCGAAGACCAACGUCACCUUGCCCUAUGAAGGGCUCAACGCUACCAACGCCCUCGUCCGGGCUAUGAUGAAGCAACCUGCCGUCUUGUUAGAGAACAUCGAGACAAUCACCGAUGUUGAGUGCUCGACUGCUGGACUUGUUCUCAAAUUUAGCGUUACCGAAGACUACAACACAUGCUUGAGCACAUGGCCAGCAAAGGACUUCAUCAUCAUCACGAACCACAAUGGGACUUGCGACAGCGAGCACGAGCGCGGUGUCUAUGUGGUCCAGAACUACACCUUUGACAAUGCCACCUUGACUCUUACUGCUUCGUCUACCAAAGCAGAGAUCAGUGAUCAGAUGAAUGACGCAGUCAUCGAUUUCCAGCACACCGGCACUGCUACGACCAAGCGUGAUCUCUCCGCACCCAUUUCCGCAGACCUUUCUGGCUCCACGCUCGUUGCGACGGACGCCUUGAAUAUUGUCGCCAAUGAAGCCAAGCUGGAAUGUUGGUAUCCCUAUUACAGGGUAGUUGAUUCGAACCGUAGUUAA